CACCUUUUUACAGCUACCUGACUAACAAAAUGAAGCCUCCUAAGCUGCACUAUUGGAUUCUUGGUUGUUUCUCUAUGGCGCUGUGCUGUGGAUGUACUGCAGAUACAUCCCUGCUAAGUGACACUCACCCGCAUACGUGGGAUAAACUAUAUCUUGCUCAUCACUGGCCAGUGACUGUAUGCAAGAUGAGUGCUAAUGAUUGUGAAGACCCUCCAGAAUACUGGACGAUCCAUGGACUCUGGCCUAACAAAGUUGACGAUUGUAACAGGACAUGGCACUUCAAUGUCACCGAGAUUAAGGAUCUUAUGCUAGACAUGAGACGCUAUUGGCCUGAUGUGCUUCAUUCCUCCCAGAAUCGCACCCAGUUCUGGAAACAUGAGUGGGAUAAGCAUGGAACUUGUGCAGCGACACUGCAGAUCCUUAAUUCUCAGAAGAAGUAUUUUGGUAAAGCUCUGGACCUCUACAAGCAGGUUGAUCUUAACAGUUCUCUCCUGAAAGCUGGGAUAAAGCCGGGCAGUACAUAUUACAAGAUGACUGCCUUAAAGGAAGCUCUCACAAGGGCUUAUGGUGUAACACUGAAGAUCCAAUGUCUGCCUCCAGAAGAGGGUGAAAAAGCCCAGACAAUUGGCCAGAUUGAGUUCUGCUUCACCAAAAAUCUGGAGCUGAGAAACUGCACAGAGCCGAAGGGUGGAUCCAAGGGGAUGCAGACUGGCUUGCAGCUGGGAACUGGGGAGUUGUCUGUCUGCAAUGAUACUCUCCCUACCUACUACCCUUUACAGGUCCAAGGUCACAAAUGAAAMCACAAGCGCUUGAAAAACUUUUUAAACAACAACCCUUUAAGCAUUAUACCUUAGAAAGCAGUCUUGACUUGGCAGUAUUCCCCAAACCUGUCCAUUUUUAUUGGCAUGCUGUAAAGAUUUCUGCUGGAAGCAGAAUUCUUUUCUCUUUACCUUUCUGUGGUAAAGGAGAAUGGCCUGCACUGUAUUGUCUGCUGCAAUAGGCUGAAGACCUGAAUUGUUGGAGUUCGUAUCUGAUUUCCAGUUUUGUGUGGAUUGUUUUGGCUCAUUUACAGUUGAAUCAAUGCUCAAAAGAGAACUGUGCCUUGUUUCAUUUGCAGUUGUCUCCCACAUUAGCUGCUUUAUUCUACUUUUUGCCAGUGCCAGGGGGGUCAAGUCGUCCUUUAUUCUGAAAGGAUGCUUGUCACCCUGAGGUGAGAUGACAGUUUUUGGGGGAAAAAUGUUACACAGAAGAACUUUGAGAGCUGCCUGGAGGUCCUUUUCCAAACUGAACACUCACUGCCUUCCAGACAUACUAAAUAGAGGCCACGUCCUCUGGGACGUUAAACCUUUUCUUACCCAUAAAUCACUGAGGACCAAAGACAACAACUUUUGCACAACUUCUUAGCAAAUGACGUUCACCAGCUUUUGGCAUCUGUGGUUUUGGGUGCCCUUCUCAGGAUGCCACAAAGCUUUUUAUUUGCAGGUUGUCCUCUUUUCCUAAACUUAGGUUUGCCUCAGUCGUUCUAUACACUCAUGAGGAACUACCAGUUGUACAAUAGCUACCAUAGCUAGCAUAGAAAAAAUGUUAUGCCAUAAAAGUAUGAUAUUUAUUCAUAUUUUUCAUCUCAUUUAAGCGUUAASUACUUCUACAGAGGUGUGAGUGCCUGAAAUUCAUUUAAAAAUAUGAGAUUUUUCAUUUAGUUCCUAGAAACAGCUUUUUGUAGGAGAAACAGUAAAUACUACGGGAUUUUCAGUGUAAAGUACAARUGCUGGCAGUAGUGUAUCUCCAGCCAAUAAUAAUUAUGUGCAAUAAAGCUAAAAGUUUCCAAAUGGGACCAAAUUGGGAUAACAUGCUGUGUUGAUAAAAGUGUCCCAAAUUGUCUCUCAAAGAAAUCAUGGCUCAAAGAACCAUCUGUUAGAAAAAUAUCACUUGAAAAACAUGAAAUGCAGUGUUAGGAACAAAAAAUUGCUCUGUUUUUC